AUGCUGCGGCGUACGUCAGGGAAUAAGGCGUUGCACGCCUUUGUUCGGUCUCCCCAUUACAGAUCCGUUCCUAGUGCAGGUCCGAAUGGUAUUGUUAUUAAUCGUGAUAUGCUUAUUCAUCAAUUCCGUGAUUUUUACAAAACUUUGCAGCAUUCUUCCUUAGUUGACAAAGUACAUUUGAUGUCUGAGAGACCUUCUGUGGAGGCACUUCGAGUAGCGGAUCAAAUGGCUUCUAUUGGGGCUACAUUUUUAGGAAUGCCACUAACAGGAAUGGAACAUCGAGCAACAGAGUUUAUGGAGUCAAUGCGGUACGUACGAGGAGCAGGUGGUCCCAGUACACUUGCCUCAUAUCUGCAAGACACAGAAAAUUGUCGCUGUCAUAGUGGAGAUAUUGUAUGUUUACCUACUGGUAUCGCUGUAGGACAUGGUCCUCGUACUAAUGCUGUGGCUCACGCAACAUUAAAGGAACUAUUUGAAGUUAAGGAUGAUCAGUUCUCUUUUGAUGUUUUUACAUUGGAACAAGAGGGUGAUGCGCCACCACUUGGAGAUUAUUUUGGUUUCGCCGGUAAUAAUGUUCUUCUAACGUGGAAAGAUGAACAUGGUCUAUUAGCGGUAGAUCAAUACCAACAAAAACAACCUCAUUCAGAGAUGAAUAUCGUUUAUCUUGAACCUGGAUGUCAUUUCUUGUCUUUUUACGGUGUUGAUUUCACAACAGAUGUACUGGUACAAAAAGGGUAUGAUAGGUCUAUGGACAGUAUCGCUGCUGCUGGGCUUAACCCUAUUCCAGUGCAGUGGUCAGAGAUGGAUAAACUCGGUAUCUCCAUGCGAGCGGCGGUGUUGCCACUGAAGUUCCUAAAGGCAAAUGUGGGUGGUAUGUUGUCAAGGAACAAGUCUCGUGGGGCAAGGUGGCAGACACAUCAAAUAACGUGA